CCGAACCGGGCCACAGCGGCUCCGGGCCGGCGGGCCACACGUGGGAUCGGCCCCCGCCUUUUCCGGGGCGGAUCCGCCUCUGCCCGGCGCCGCCGGCUCCGCCCGUUCCGGUGGGGGCGCCGGCACCAUGGGGGUCACCUGCGUGUCGCAGGUGCCGGUGGCCGAGGGCAAGAGCGUGCAGCAGACGGUGGAGCUGCUGGCGCGGCGGCUGGAGGCGCUGGGCGCGGACAAGCAGGGCACCUUCGGCGUGGACUGCGAGACCUACCACACCGCGGCCACCCUGGGCACGCAGGGGCAGACAGGGAAGCUGAUGUACGUCAUGCACAACUCCGAGUACCCCCUGAGCUGCUUCGCCCUCUUCGAGAACGGGCCCUGCCUGGUGGCUGAUGCCAACUUCGACACCCUCAUGGUGAAGCUCAAGGGCUUCUUCCAGAACGCCAAGGCCAACAAGAUCGAGAGCCGCGGCACGCGCUACCAGUACUGCGACUUCCUGGUGAAGCUGGGCACGGUCACCAUGGGCCCCAGCGCCAGGGGCAUUUCCGUGGAGGUGGAAUACUGCCCCUGUGUGAUCGCCAACGACUGCUGGAACCUGCUGAUGGAGUUCAUGCAGAGCUUCAUGGGCAGCCACGUGCCCGGCAUCCCGUCGGUGUUCGGCUCCAAGCACGACGGCACCUACAGCCCCGGGGACACCAUGGUGCAGUACAUGGAGCUCUUCAACAAGAUCCGCAAGCAGCAGCAGGUGCCCGUGGCUGGCAUCAGGUGAGGAGCAGCUCCCGACUGCAUCCUGAUCCUGGCUGUGGCAGGAGAACACCCAGAACGUGCCACGGGAGGUUUUCCUGCUGGAGGUUUCCUGACUCAAAGCUGUGCCGUGUUCUCUGUAAGCAGAGAUGUCAAAACUGUCUGAAAACUGUGGGAGUGUGUGCUGGGAUUCCUGGGAUUUUAUUAAUUCUGGGCGUCCUCCACGUUUUGGGAUUCUUGGAUCCAUUGGUUCUGUGGUUUUUUGGACAGUGUUUCACACAGGGAAAAGAGAAAUUCCAGAAGACAUCUCUUCAAUUUCUAUUUUUUAUAUCCA